AUGUGGAUAAUAUUAUUGAAAAUAACACAAGCUGUUGAAAGAAAGAGACCACCUGAUGGGACAAUAUGAUUAACAUUUUGAUGCAUUAAUAGGAUCAAAUAACAUAAAUUUCGACAAACUAUUUAACUGCCUCAACUUAGUUUAGUAUAAAGUAUAAACUUCAAGCAAUCAAAGUUGCAUUGCACUAUUUAUUUAUUUAUUUUUGAAGUGUGAGAUGAAUAGAUGGCCACAAUUAUUGGUGGGUGAAGUUGUUAAAAAAUUCCAUUACUUGUUUCGAAAAGUCUUGGCCAGAGUGAAUAAAACCAAAACAGAACAGACAAGGCCACAAACAAAAUUAUCUACUUAAUAAUUGAAGCAAAUAUCACCCUAUUGGCUAUUAGAUGCAGUGGACCAUACAUUUCAUGAAAGCAAGAAGCAUCAUCUGAACUUGUCCCGAAGACCAAUAACUAUAAACAUUUCAAGUCAAUUCACUGCCUACCUGCAACAGUUUCCUUACUCCUUUUGAGAUUAACCGAGUUUACAGCAAAUUACAUCCAUUUCCUUUUGCCUUUCUCAGUUUCCUCAGAUCUUAUCACUUGAUCUUGAGAAACAUGGCUGCAACACUUGUAGGUGGAGCUGUUCUGUCUUCCAUUUUUAAUGUUGUUUUUGACAGGAUGUCCUCACCUGAAUUUGCCAACUGGAUCAAAGGGAAGAAGCUUACCCAGAAUCUGCUUGAAAGGUUGAAGACCAAUCUUUAUGCUGUUCAAGCCUUUCUUAAUGAUGCUGAGCAGAAGCAGAUCAAGGAGAGAGCUGUCAAGGACUGGCUCGAUAGUCUCAAAGAUGCUAUGUAUGUUGCUGAUGACUUGCUGGAUGAAGUCUUCACCAAAGCUGCCACUCAGAAGGAUCCAGGUACCUUCUUCUCUCGUUUUCUCAAUUUGCAAGAUAGGGAGAUAGCAAACAGGACGGAGGAAAUAAUUGAUAGGAUAGAGUCUAUUGUGAAGCAAAAAGACACUCUUGGUCUUAGAGAGAUUCCUAAGGAGAACAUGUCAUGGAGGAUCACAACAUCUCUAGUUGAAAGAUCCAACAUAUAUGGCAGGGAAGAAGACAAGGAGGCCAUAGUGAAGUUGUUGUUGGAUAUUGAUGACACUGGUGAUGGUGAUAUAUCUGUGAUUUCCAUUGUGGGCAUGGGAGGAAUAGGAAAGACUACUUUGGCCCAAUUGAUUUACAAUGACGAUAAAGUGAAGGAGAAUUUCGUCUUUCGAUGUUGGGUUUGUGUGUCUGAAGAAUUUGAUGUUAUUAAGGUCACCAAGACUAUAGUUGAGGCAAUAACGGAGAGUCCUUGUAAGUUGAAUGAUUUGAAUUUACUUCAACAUGAGUUAAAAAAGAGUUUAUCCAAAGGGAAAUUCUUUGUUGUUUUGGACGAUGCAUGGGAAGGAAAUUAUGGUAGUUGGAAUAGGCUUCUAAAACCUUUUCAGAAUGGGGUUAAGGGGAGCAAAAUUCUCAUAACUACUAGAAGUACAAAGGUGGCUUCUGCGGCACAGACUAUUUCGUCUCGUGAACUAAGUUUAUUGUCGGAUGAAGAUUGCUGGUUAAUAUUCUCAAAACAUGCACGUCUUUCCACUUACUCUAUGGAGAAUCCAAUUUUGGAAAAGAUCGGCAGAGAUAUUGUAAAGAAGUGUCGUGGCUUGCCCUUGGCAGCUCAAGCACUAGGAGGCUUAUUGCAUGGAAAUUCUGAUGUCGAGCAUUGGAAUCGUAUAUUGAAGAGUGAGAUAUGGGAAUUGUCCGAAGAUGAGAGCGAACUCAUUCCAGCAUUAAGAAUUAGUUACUACUAUCUUCCUUCAUGUCUGAAAGAUUGUUUUGUUUAUUGUUCGUUGUAUCCGAAGGAUUAUGAAUUUGAUAAAGAUGAAUUGAUCUUGUUAUGGAUGGCUCAGAAUUUUUUACAACCAGUUGGGAAAAAGACUCCAGAAGAAGUUGGUGAUAAAUAUUUUGAUGAAUUAAUUGCGAGAUCAUUUUUGCAACCUCAUAGUACUUGGGAAAAUAAAUUUGUGAUGCAUGAUCUUGUGCAUGAUUUGGCAAUGAUGUUUGCUGGAGAAUUCUAUUUUAGAGCGGAAGAGCUUGAGAAUGCAGUUGAGGUUGAUACUAAAACUCGUCAUUUGUCCCACAAUGCUAAAGGCAAUUAUCCAAUCUCAAAACUGUUGGGAGUUUGUGACAGAAUAAAACAUACAAGGACAUUUCUUGAAUUCAAUUUGAAGUCAUGGAUCCCAUUUAACAUGGAAAACGCACCUUGUAUCUUGUUGUCACAUUUAAAGUACCUGAGAGCCUUGUCGUUCAAUAGCUUUCCUCUUGAGUUAGUACCUGAUUCAAUAGGUGAGUUGAUUCAUCUGCGUUACUUGGAUCUCUCUUGGACGGACAUUGUGGCAUUGCCAGAGUCAUUGGGUAACCUAUACAAUUUGCAGACCUUGAAGUUGUAUUCCUGUAGUAAUCUGAAAAUGCUACCUGUUGGCAUGAAAGACCUUAUAAAUUUGCGCCAUCUUGAUGUUAGAGAUACUCCUUUGCAUGAGAUGCCGAAGAGCAUGAGCAAGUUGAAAAAUUUGCAGUUUUUAAGCGACUAUGUUGUGGGGAAGCGUGAAGAGAACAAGAUCACAGAAUUGGGAGCACUUGCAAAUCUACAGCUAUCAAUUUCCAUUGCCAAAUUGGAGAAUGUGGUGAACAGCAGUGAAGCUUCGAUGGCAAGAAUGUCUGAUAAGGAUGGCAUUAGCUCUUUGAUCUUGAGGUGGUCAUCAGAUAAAGAUGAGAACACAGCUGAUUCUCAAAUAGAAAGAGAUAUACUUGACAAGUUACGACCUCACACUAAUUUGAAAGAGUUAUAUAUCUAUGGUUACAGGGGUACAACAUUUCCAGAUUGGGUGGGACAUUCUUCCUAUUACAGCAUCACCGAAAUAACACUGGGUGAUUUCUCUUUGGGUGGUUGUCGGAAUUGUUGUAUGCUUCCUUCACUUGGACAAAUGCCCUCGUUGAAGCACCUAUCAAUUUCAGAUUUUGAAAGUCUAGAAAGUGUGGGUGCUGAGUUAUACUUUAACCAGAAUGGUGAAUCUUGUUUGGAGACACCACCAUUCCCAAUGCUUGAAACUCUUUCGUUUUAUUCAAUGCCUUGCUGGAAGGAGUGGCGUUCAUUGGAGUUCAAUGCAUUCCCGAGACUUAGGGAGCUUACCAUAAUUAGGUGUCCGAUGUUGAGAGGAGAUUUGCCCAGUCAACUACCAUCUUUGCAAUCACUUCAGAUUUUUAAUUGCAAGCAGCUGAGUUGUUGUGUUCCAAGGGCUCCUUCGAUUACGAAUCUUUCAAUUUCAGGAAAGCAUCUAGUGGAGUCGGGGGUAGAGGCCAUAACGCACAUGCAACUGAGUUGCCUGACGUCUUUGCGCAUCUCAGGUUAUUCCUCCCACAUAUGGUUUCCUGUGAGUGCUAUUCCCGCAUCACUACAAAAGCUGACGAUUCAGGAUUGCAGAGAAUUAGAAUUUGAAAUGGAUGGGCAACAUCACUCGCUGCAGAUACUAUCAAUAGAGAGCAGCUGUGAUUCACUUACAUCCUUCUCGUUGUUGGAUGCCUUUCCAAAUCUCGUGCGUGUUUAUAUCAGCAAGUGUGAAAAGAUGGAGUGUAUUGUGGUGUCACGCUCUCUUUCAUCUCUCCGUGAUUUAAAUAUCAUUGAGUGUAGGAGUUUGAAGUCCGUGUCAACGCUAUGGAUGGCAGCACCUCAGCUAGAGCAUCUCACACUACGGGAAUGCCCAGAGAUCGAGUUGUCAGCAACAGGGGAUCCAAACCGUAGCCUCAGAUCUCUUGAGUUCAGCUACAGCGAGAAACUAGUGAGUAGUGCAUUAUUCGUGAAUUCUCAAUUUCACGGGCUUACUAGUCUUUGUAUUUGGGGUGAAUGUGAGAGUGUGAAGUGCCUCACAAAGGAAGGUUGGUUGCCUGCCUCCCUUGAGUCUCUCACACUGCUAAGCAUGAAAAGUGUGGAGACGUUGGAAUGCAAGGGACUUGCACACCUCACCUCCCUCCAAAAAUUGACUAUUGCUGAAUGUCCCAAGUUGGAGAACAUUGACGGAGAAAAGCUGCCUGUCUCUCUAAUACAACUCUUCAUAAAUGAAAGUCCUUUGUUGGCUAAACAGUGCGAGAUGAAGGACCCACAGCUUUGGCCCAAAGUUUCCCACAUCCCUGCCAUUCAAGUUGAUUACAGAUGGAUUUGGUAAUCCAACUUCAACAGCUUAUCCAUGGACCCAACAAGAUAAAGGUCUGCAGUUAAAGUUUUGCUUUUGAUGCAUCAAGACUAUUCAAUCAUUGCAUGGAGUUGGGAGAUGAUGACAUUGGGUGCUUCUUCCAAGCUUGAUUCGGAAAUUCCUUUUGAAUAUUCAGCUACAAUGUGGUCGGAGCUAAGCUCGUCCAGUCUCCACAAAAAGAACUUUCUUACUGGAUCAAAGAUUCAAAGUAAAGCUUUCCUGUAGAGCCAAGGAGAUAACUUCUGUGGUCAAGGACUUGCUUUUGCUUUUGAUUCAUGCAAUCAUGUACAGUCAUUGAAAUACGCAAGGGUGGCAUUUUUGGUGGUGUCAUGAACACAUGAUGACAAGCAAAGAAGCGCAUCAUCAGAUAUAAUGGGAAGUUCUUUAUGAAGUUCAAGGUCCUUGAGAAUGCCAAAUGGAAAUUCUCCUGGAGAAUAGGAGUCAAAGAAGUGGUUAAGAAACCUGAUAUUAUGGUCACUGAGAUCUCCAUUUGAUCCGAGUUUGAAUUACAAAUGUUCUUCACUCACUGAUUGUGGUGUAUAAUUUGUUUUCUAUCCUUUCGUUUGAGUACUUCAUAUGUCAAUAAGUAAUGCGUGAUUAAGUGUAAGAUGGAAAGGGCUAACUUAGUUAUACUGGACAUAGUAUUCAAAUUUCAAAUAGAUGUUUUAGGCCCCAGUCUUAUUCUUUGAUGGCAAAGCCGAAGAGGGAUAGAGGCUGGUCCUUCACCAAGGCCUUGAUGGCCAUGUCGGAGAGACCUUGGUUGAGGGGUUACUUUGCUGGGGGGAAAAAUGUAAAAGAUGGGAAGAUGUAUAUUUUCAACUUAAGUUGUUCUUGUAACACAGCAUGAGUAAACUCUAUUUAUUGUGUAUUUCUAUCAAAAUGAAGCAAGUAAUGUAAAUGGUUAACAAGAAUGAAUAAUCACUUCUUAUGGUGGUUUAA